UGUAUGACACUACAUCAUGAGUGACAGUAAAUGUGAUAGUCAGUUUUACAGUGUGCAAGUGGCCGACUCAACGUUCACUGUCCUAAAACGCUACCAACAGUUGAAACCAAUUGGCUCUGGAGCUCAAGGAAUUGUUUGUGCUGCUUUUGAUACAGUCCUUGGGAUAAAUGUUGCAGUCAAGAAACUAAGUCGUCCUUUUCAGAAUCAAACCCAUGCAAAGAGAGCUUAUCGUGAACUUGUCCUCUUAAAAUGUGUCAAUCAUAAAAAUAUAAUUAGUUUGUUAAAUGUGUUUACACAACAAAAAACUCUAGAGGAAUUUCAAGAUGUGUAUUUGGUUAUGGAAUUAAUGGAUGCUAACUUAUGUCAGGUUAUUCAUAUGGAGUUGGACCAUGAAAGAAUGUCCUAUCUUCUUUACCAGAUGCUUUGUGGGAUUAAACAUCUUCAUUCAGCUGGUAUAAUUCAUAGAGAUUUGAAGCCUAGCAACAUCGUAGUAAAAUCAGAUUGCACCCUUAAGAUCCUUGACUUUGGUCUGGCCAGGACAGCAUGCACUAACUUCAUGAUGACCCCCUACGUGGUAACGCGGUAUUAUCGAGCCCCUGAAGUCAUCCUGGGCAUGGGGUACAAAGAGAAUGUUGAUAUCUGGUCAGUGGGGUGCAUCAUGGGAGAACUGGUGAAAGGUUGUGUGAUAUUCCAAGGUACUGAUCAUAUUGAUCAAUGGAAUAAAGUUAUUGAGCAGCUAGGAACACCAUCAGCAGAUUUCAUGAAGAAACUUCAGCCAACUGUGAGGAAUUAUGUGGAAAACAGACCAAAGUAUCCUGGAAUCAAGUUUGAAGAACUCUUUCCAGAUUGGAUAUUCCCAUCAGAAUCUGAACGAGAUAAAAUAAAAACAAGCCAAGCCAGGGAUUUGUUGUCAAAAAUGUUAGUGAUUGAUCCUGAUAAACGAAUCUCUGUAGAUGAAGCUUUACGCCACCCAUAUAUCACUGUGUGGUAUGACCCUGCUGAGGCAGAAGCACCACCACCUCAAAUUUAUGAUGCUCAGUUGGAAGAAAGAGAACAUGCCAUAGAAGAAUGGAAAGAGCUAAUUUACAAAGAAGUAAUGGAUUGGGAAGAAAGAAGCAAAAAUGGUGUUGUAAAAGAUCAGCCUUCAGAUGCAGCAGUAAGUAGCAACGCCACUCCUUCUCAGUCAUCAUCUAUCAACGACAUUUCAUCCAUGUCCACUGAGCAGACACUGGCCUCGGAUACCGACAGCAGCCUUGAUGCCUCGACAGGACCCCUGGAAGGUUGUCGAUGAUAAGUCAGAAACAGCAGACUUAUCGUCAGUGAAGGAAUUCUCACUUCCAUGGGCCUCAGUGCUUGGGAGUUGAUGGAACCAAAUAAAGACGCUCCAUGUUCUGCAUGUAAGAAACACAAUGCCUUGCCCUUACUCAGUUCUAUUAUGAUUGCCUGUUUAGAUUAUAAAAUGAAGCAGAUUAUGUCUGAAGAUUUAAAAAGUGCAAGCCACACAUUUAGAGAUUUUGUUCAAGAUCAUUUCAGGUGAGCAAUUAGAAUAGAUGAAUUUAUUUUAGUGACUUGGUGACAGUAGUGACAAUUUCUCAUCAUCAGUAUCUGUUGGGACUUAUGUGCAUGUGGCCACAAAUGCUUGCUUGGUCUUGCCCAUGUAGCACUUUGGAAAUUGGUAUUUAAAUGCCCAAUUAUCUUCCAGGUAGUACUGCUUCUAGAUUUUUCUCUUA